AUGGUACUGAACGAACUUCAGAACUGUCGGUUUUAUAGAAAAUUAACAGCCAACGAAGAUCGUCACACAAUGCUCAAGGUUGAGAAAUUAACUAAAAAAUAUGCCGACAAUUUAACAAAAAAUGAAAAUGAUUUCUUAACUAACUUUGAAUUGAAAUCCAGUAAUUUCUACGGAUUACCAAAAGUCCACAAAUCUAAGGAGAUCCAGGAAGCUGUGAAAAAUUGUGAUGACGCAUAUAUCAAAAUAUCCCAACCUGCUGACCUUAAAAUACGUCCGAUCAUCGCUGGACCUGCAUCAAGCACCCAACGACUGAGUAAUUUAUUGGACAUUUUAUUGAAACCACUAUGCAAAUUAUUACCCAGCUUCGUAAGAGAUGAUAUGGAUUUUCUGAAUUAUAUUCCCCAAAAUGUAGACCCAAACACUAUUCUCGUCAGUUUUGAUGUUACAAGUUUGUACACAAAUAUCCCACAUACUUUGGGACUGGAAGCAGUUAGUUACUGGAUAGACAAACAUCCGGAUAUUAUAAAUGAACGAUUCCCAAAAGAAUUCAUUUUAGAAGGACUGAAGAUAGUGUUGGAAAAUAACCAUUUCCAUUUUAACAAUGAGUUCUACCUACAAAUAAAAGGAACCGCCAUGGGGACAAAAGUUGCUCCCUCAUACGCAACUUUAGUGAUGGGAUAUUUAGAAGAUCAACUAUAUGAAAAAAUACCUGAACUGUUUGAUGUCGACUUUGCUAAAUACAUAAAAAAUAAUUGGAAACGUUACCUAGAUGACUGCUUCAUAUUUUGGACCAGGAGUGAAGAAGACUUAACUAAAUUCCAUUCACUUCUAAAUAACCUCCAUGAUUCCAUACAAUUUACGCCAUAUAGACGACACCGAUGA